UCCUGUUUUUAAUUAUGUAGAUAACAAAAUGACAUAUAAGUAUUAAUUAAAAAGUUUCUAUUGAAAAACAAAAAAAUUGGAAAAAAAAAGAGACAACCAGCAGUAGCUUAUAAAAACGGUAUCGUGAAUAGUUCUGAAAUUCAAGGAUCUGUUAAGACUUCCAAAUGGAGAAUGGUCACAUACGGGAUUUCUCAGAAUUUUGUGAGCAGCUCAACGAAAUCAGAAUCAAGUUUCUCAAAUGGGACGGCUGCGAAAGAACUGUUGGUCUUUACUACCUAAUGGUAGGGUUACCAUUUGCAAAUGCGAGGUUUUUGCAACAUACUCUGGAAAUGUCCAUAAAUGCUGUAAAUACCCCUGCAGCUCAGAUUUUAGAAAGGAAUGCCAAUGACACUGCACAUAUUUCCAGUUUUUUACUUGAACCGCCACAGGUAGCAUUAUCCUUACUGCUAACUCACCUACCACUUCUGAAGCCAGACAACAAAAAAACUGCAGAUUGUUAUUUGAGGGUUAUAAAACAGGUCUUUAUGGAGUUUAUAACGCCUCCUAUGAAGAUUUAUAAUGAAUGUGUUGAAAUUAUGUCAUAUUUGUACAUUCAUCCCGCUUUUAACAAUGAUGACAAGAGUUCCUUCAAGAACUUACUUAAACAGGUCGUAUCGAAACUGAAGCCCCAGACAUUCGUUCACUCAUCGGCAACUGAAUCCAGCGACGAAUCUGUAAGCCCCAACCCCGAUUCACAGCAAAACUUUAAACAGAGACGAUCAAAUAGUCUUACUCCAGGUCCAGAUAAUCCAAGCCACAAUCAAGACAAUUGGUAUUCGCAGGAAAACCUUAACGAGCCACCAUGUAAACCCAGAAGUUAUUCUUUGUCGAGUGAGAAGUCUUUGUUGGCAGGCUUGUGUAACUUACAAUCUAGUCAUUCGGAAACAAGGUUACAAGAUUUGAAACUCCAAAACAAUCUCCCGGCGAUGAAAAGCAUCACUUCCUGGUUAAAAUCCUUAAGGCUACACAAAUACAGUUGGGUCUUUAACAAUUUAACCUACAGUCAAAUGGUCAAUCUAAAAGAAGAAUCUCUUCAGAGUAUAGGCAUAACGAAAGGCGCUAGACACAAGAUACUAUUAAGCGUGAACAAAUUAAAGGAACGAGGUGUGAUGCUGAUGGAAUUAGAAACCGAAGUGAUGAAUGGAGGCGAUUUGAAUGUGGCUCUCAAAAAGUUGAAGAGUGUUGUUCAAAGUCCAUUGCAAAUAUCGGGUGGGGAGGAUCUACCUACUUUGUUUGUUAAGGUGAUGGGCAAAGUUUGUACACAAAUGUUAAUGCUAAGACAACUACCCGAUGAUUACUUGAUGUCGUUCCAUUCGUUGUGCGAAAAAGCCGAAACUUUAGAAGCUUUUACUGAAGAACAAAAGAGGCGAUUACAUAUGUGGAAAUGCCAGUUGACAAAAGAUGACCUUGUCGUUCCUGUUCACAAUGGUAAACCGAAAAAGCAUACUAACAAUCAUAGAUCACACCGCAUGGACCCCCAGAAGCUUCAGAAACUAUGCUGCGCCAUCCAACCCACCACCUAUACCAAAAAGAGUUCAUCCUUCCCCAACAUGCAGAAUAGCCCGACGUGGAACACUCACAGACAUUCAAUAGGUAGCGUAACACUUCAAAAUCAACUGUUUUCAGCUCAAAACAGCCAGAGGCUAUUCAAUCAGAAUCUCCAGAGUUACGUAAACACUUCACACAGCGGCUCAAACCCGUCGGAAUCUAGUCCUAAACCAUUCAACCUAACGAAACUCAAAAAACCCGAUAGUAAAGAUAUAGAAAACAGUUUGGAGUCGUUGUGCAUACAAAUGAUGGAACACGCUCUGGGACCUUAAUGACAGUUCAUUUUAGAUUAGCUAUAGGGUUCCCGAAAAGUCAAUGACAGGACUUUGUGUUUUAAAACGAACGUUUGGAGAUGAUGAGUGUAUUUGAUAUUUUUAUAUGGUGUGGAAAAUAUAUGUACCUAUAGGGUGUCUUAAAAUUGUUGCAUAGUACAUUAGAGUGUGUUUAAAAGUGCCGAGACUUCUUUACUCUUUUCUUACUCUUCUUAGUUUCAUUUAAAAUAUAUUCAUCCAUUAUAUUUUAUACAAGCUCUUUUCUCUUCAACCUAGUAUUUUGGUGUUGUUGAUCGUUUGCUUCUGUUAAUGAACAGGCAGUCAUUUUUUUCUAUAAGAAUCUUUGAGAGUCAUAAUAAUCAUUAGGAAUACAGUUUUAUAAUACACUUACGCAGCGAUAUUUCCAAUAAUUACAGCAAACGUCAAUUACCAUGACUGUGUGUCAAUUCAGAUAGACUUAAGCGUGCCAUCAUCUACGAUUUACUUUAUUACUAAUUUUUCACUAAAGAGUAAUGGCACUUUAAUAAAUAAAGUUGAAGCAACAUUUUUUAAAUUUCUUUCUCAUUAUUGCUUCAAAUUAAUUCAAUUAUAAUGCGAUAUUGUGACCUAACCUAACUUAAUCUAUAUGCCGAACACGCAGAAAUGAACUAUAGCUGAAUUUCGUGUCGAUAGUGUAUAGGUAACCCCUCAACUUUGCAUUAAUCUUUUAAUAAGAUUACUGUCUUAUUUUUUCAAACGACUUUUAAUAACAAAAAUAUUCUUUUUGCUUUCGGAAUAUCGUUGAAUGUACUUGUCGAUUAACUGUUGAAGAUUACACUGACGAAUACAAUGUCAAUACUUAUCUUGUUAGCAAGAUGGGAGGUACGCUCUCAUUUUGUUAAAACAUACUCUUUCGAAGAGCGCCUUGUAAACUAUAUAUUGAAAUCUAGAAAUUAAAAUUCAAUAAUUUUUAAGUUCUACUCUGACUCAAAAACAAAAAUUUUGAAUUUGAUUUUUUGUAACCCUAAGAACAUCCUGUAGGUACACCAUUAAGUGUAUAUUACAAAUGUUUUAUUUUUAGUUUUACGUUAAAACUAAUAUUGUUUAUUUUACUGUUGUAAAGCCAGUGGCGUAAACAUUUUUUUAUGUUUAGUAUUAAACGUAUUUAUUUUAUUGGAAACAAAGAAUAUUUAGUCAGAAUUUGUGUUUUCUCGCCAUUGGUACUUACUUUUAAUAUGUUUUUAACAUGCGAAAAUUAUGUAAAGUCUUUAUAUUGUGGAUAGUGCAUGUAAUAUGUGAUUGUUUGUGUGAUAACUGAUUGACAUUUUUGUUUAAAACUGAUCAAGAAGACUGAUUUCUAUCUAAAUAGAUAUGACCUAACUACAAA